AUGCAAGGAUAUAAGUGCUCUAUUGUGAAUGAUCCACGAAAGGCGCAUCUGUUUAAUGUGCCAUUUAGUUCAUGGAUGCUAGAGUACACUCUAUAUGUACGUAACUCUCACAACCGUACAAACCUACGCCAAUUUUUGAAGGAAUAUUCUGAAAAAAUUGCAGCAAAGUAUCCUUACUGGAACAGAACUGGUGGAGCAGAUCAUUUUCUUGUUGCUUGCCAUGACUGGGGAUGUGUCUCUUCGGAAACAUAUGUUCGUUCUGCGAGAAAUCCUCUUAGAGAUCUUGGAGGCAAACCCCCUUCUCAGAGGCAGAUUCUUGCCUUUUAUGCUGGAAAUGUGCAUGGCUAUUUACGUCCAAUUCUGAUAGAGCACUGGAAGGACAAAGACCCUGAUAUGAAGAUCUUUGGUCCAAUGCCUCCUGGUGUUGCAAUCAAAAUGAACUACAUCCAGCAUACGAAGAGAAGCAAAUACUGUAUUUGCCCCAAGAGUUACGAGGGCAACAGCCGACGAGCUCCAUAUGAAACAAGGCACCAUAUGGAACGUUGCAUCAAAGCCCUCUGCAAUGAUGAUGUAACUGGCGGCUUUAAAAUAGGAAGGGAUGUGUCUCUUCGGGAAACAUAUGUUCGUUCUGCGAGAAAUCCUCUUAGACAUCUUGGAGGCAAACCCCCUUCUCAGAGGCAGAUUCUUUCCUUUUAUGCUGGAAAUGUGCAUGGCUAUUUACGUCCAAUUCUGAUAGAGCACUGGAAGGACAAAGACCCUGAUAUGAAGAUCUUUGGUCCAAUGCCUCCUGGUGUUGCCAUCAAAAUGAACUACAUCCAGCAUAUGAAGAGAAGCAAAUAG